AUGGCGUCAGAUCCACUAUUUGGUUGGGAUUUAACUUACAAAAUUGUAGAAAAGGAUAUAAAACGGAAAGCUGAUGUUAUUGUUGCAUUUAUCCAUUGGAAUUUAUCUAAAAGGGGUUUCAGGAGCAUUGGCAUAGGGGAUGAGAGAACUUUGACCGGAGACGAAGAAAAAAGUGAGCUUUUACCAACUGGUUGGAAUGAUAAGGAUAAUUAUGCACUUAGAUAUCUUCUAGAAGAUAAACUGUUCAUAUUACAUGCCUUGAGUACUGAUGGAAAUCUUAUUAUCAAUCUUAUGAGGUCAGAAGAUCUGGCAGUAUCUAAUAUAGCGCUUAAAAUAGAUGAUACAGUAAAAGAAACUCAAGGGAGUAUAGAAAAGAUGAUACCAAGCCACAUGGAACUAAUCUAUAAUGUGAAAAGAGACCUUAUAGACACAGUAACUGAAAGAUCAACAGCUACUGUAGAGACACAAACAUCAAGACCGCAGAGCAAUACACGACGACCUGAGGAUCCACUACGGGCGCCAUCUAGACCCGGAAUAAUUUCAGAUCCCCCAGGCUUAUGGGGAAUAUCGCCUCCACGCAUACCAAGUAUUGGUAGGUCAGACUUAGACCCUUUCGCACCGGGCGGCAGUGGUGGCAUGCUCUACAAUCCCUUUGAACCACGUAGGGAUUUAGAAAACCCUGGUCUCGGCAUACCAGGUGGUCUACCAAGAGGGGCAGUACCCCCUGGUGCUCGUUUCGACCCAUUUGGCCCACCAGGAGGUCCAUUGCCGGGUGCCCGACGACCCGCGCCGCCUGAUGCAGACCAUCUCCCUCCUCCUGGCUUCAACGACAAUAUGUUUAUGUAG